AUGCGCCGGUUUAGCACGUAUGUGCAAGUACCAUUAAGUAGCAUAAAAGAACUAAGGGGCACGAAUAUAUUCAUCAGACACAGAGAAAGUGUGGAAAAACUACUAAAUAACAUAUUUCGUGAUGGAGCCAAACAUUUGCAUGUGAUCACGGAUUAUGACUUCACGAUCACGAAGCAUACACUCGAUAAUGGCGAACCAACUCCAUCCAGCUUCGAACUAUUCAAAAAUUGCCCCAGCGUUCCUGAAGAUUACAGAACCAUGACACAUAAAUUUAAAAAGAUUUAUAAAAAAGCAGAGUUGGACACAUCGCUUCCUAAACAACUCAGAGAAAAAUACAUGCGUGAUUGGUGGACAAAAGCUUCUAACAUUACGAAAGGGUUUCCUUUUCAUGAACAAGAAUUAUUGGAUAUGGCGGAAAGGUAUAAAUAUUCCUUAAGGGAUAAUGUGGAAGACAUGUUUAAAACUUUGCAUGACAGAAUGAUUCCUUGUUUAAUAUUUUCAGCUGGACUGGGAAAUACCGUUCAUGCAAUGCUAAAAUUAAUACAUGCAACGAAUAAAAAUGAAUCAUUAUUGAAAAAUACGGAACAUUAUAAAUUGUUGGAAGGACGUGCAAACGUUAUUCUUAUGGGAGAUACUUUAACAGAUAUUGAGAUGGCUGAAGGAAUGAAACAUAACAAUGUAUUGAAAAUUGGUUUUAUUCCAAACGCCAUAGCUAAAGAGAAUUUAUGUGAAUUUGUUAAGGCUUAUGAUAUUAUUUUGGUUGAUCAUAGUUCCAUGAAAGUACCAAAUGCAAUACUUUAUCUAUCUUAUUCGCCACCCAUGCAUCAUUUUGUUGCAAAAGCAGGCUGUAACAGCACACAGAUUGAAAGAAGGGGUGAAGAUGUUAACAAUGGUAAUUAA